AUUGGUAGCAUUAUGAAGUACCUGCUCAGUGUGGUUCUCCUUCUGGCCAUUGGCCUGCAUCAGAUCGAUGCUCACGGCAUGAUGCUGAAUCCGCCAAGUCGUUCCUCCCGUUGGCGUUUCGAUGGCUCUGCCCCUACCAACUAUAACGACAAUGAGCUCUUCUGUGGCGGUAUGAAUACUCAGGCCAAUAACGGUGGAAAGUGUGGAUUGUGUGGCGACAACUAUUUGGCUGCCCAGCCCCGUGCCAAUGAAAUUGGUGGCCACAUCGGCGGAUCAGGUGUCAUCACCAAAAACUAUGCUGCCUCCAAUGCCAUCAAGGUGGGCGUUAAAAUCACCACCAAUCAUCUGGGUCACUUUGAGUUCAACCUGUGCAACUUGGAUGCCUUCGGCCGCGAGUCCGAGGAGUGCUUCAAUCAGAAUCGCCUGCGAUUCCCCGAUGGUAGCGACAGACUGAACAUUGGUAGCCAGAGUGGAGAGUUCGAUGUGACCGUUCUUCUGCCUCAGGGACUUACUUGCAAUCAUUGCGUUCUUCGCUGGACCUAUGUCGGAGCCAACAACUGGGGAAUGUGUGGAAAUGGCAGCGGAGCCCUGGGCUGUGGUCCACAAGAGACCUUCAAGAACUGUGCCGAUGUGCGUAUCUCCUGGGGUCGCAACUUGAUUGAGGAGUUGGCUAAUCCAGUUGCUCCCGUAGAGGUUGAUUCGAUCGAGGCUUAAAUGACGCUUAAAUACCUCAAUAUUUUGUACUGAAUUGAAACCAAAUGAAUUUUUAAUAAAAUACGAGCAUUUAUAAUAUAAAAUUGUAA